AAAUCUCGCUCGCUCCGCAGAUCUGCCCAUUUCGUCAUCAACCCUUGCAUCCCCCAGCAACACGUCAUUUUCACACGACCGGACACUCGAGGGCGCUCAAGCUGUCCUGUGCCGACGAGAGCGACAAAAGCAGGCACGCCCGCGCGCACCGGCUUUGGCUUUUGGCUCGUCUGACCUCGUAUUCCGCUCAGCUCAGCCUCCUCUCCGUCAUUGACGCCAUCGCGGUGCUGUAAUCUACGACCCCACAGCUCUUUCGCUCGACAGCGACUCGCGGGAAGCCCGUCGCCUGAAUACCAUAUUCAACACCAAGAGAAUAACAGCAUUCAACCAAUCGUCAUCAUUAUGCGGUCGUUCCUCAGGACGCCGCUGGCCCUGCUGGCCAUGACGGCUUCGCUGCUGUCGCCGGCCGCCGCGGAGAGGAUGCUGCUGUCCAACUCGCUCAACCUCUGCCAGCAAGACUCCAGCUUGCAGGCCAGUCUCUUCAAUGUCGUCUACACGCCCAACAACAACUCGGCCAGCAUCAACAUGGUGGCCACGUCGUCCGUCCAGGGCAAGGUCCAGUUCGACAUCGAGGCAUCCGCGUACGGCUACACCUUUCUCAGGCAGACCGUCGACCCCUGCGACAUUGGACUCCAAGGCCUUUGCCCCAUGGUAUCCGGCAACAUCGCCUUCGGCUUCAAUCUGCCCGUCAGCCCCUCGGCUGCAUCUCAGAUUCCCGGCAUCGCCUACCAGAUUCCCGACUUGGAUGCCACCGUCAAGGUCCGGGUUAACUUGACCGGUACCAGCGACAGUGUUGCCUGUGUCGAGGCCGACGUUUCCAACGGAAAGACCGUCAAUCUCGUCGGCGUCAAGUGGGCCACCGCCGUCAUCGCCGGCCUGGCCCUCGUCUCGUCCGCCAUCAUCAACGGGCUGGGACAUUCCACCACCGCCGCCCACGUCGCCGCCAAUUCUCUCUCGCUUUUCGGCUACUUCCAGGCCCAGGCCAUCAUCGGCCUCACCGGAAUUCGUCUCCCGCCCAUCGUGCAGGCUUGGACCCAGGACUUCCAAUGGUCCAUGGGCAUCAUCCGCGUCGGCUUCAUGCAGACCAUCUUCACCUGGUACCAGCGCGCUACCGGCGGGACGCCUUCCACCAUCUUCGACUCUCUCACCACCGUCUCCGUCCAGAUCGAAAAGCGCGGCCUCCAGGUCGCACAGGCCGGCCUCAGCCUCUUCAAGCGCAGCGUGGCCAUGAUGCCCAAGCCCGCUGUCAACCUUCUCAAGCGCGGCAACGUCAUGACCGGUUCCGGAAGCUACAUCGUGUUUGGCAUCCAGCGCGUCGCCUUCAAGGCCGGCAUUGAGACCACCAACCUGUUCAUGACUGGCCUCGUCUUCUUCUGGAUCUUUGCCCUCAUCGUCGCCGGCGCCGUUGCCGCCUUCAAGGGCUUCCUCGAGCUUCUCGCCAAGCGCGGCCUCAUGAAGCGCGACAAGUUCCUCGACUUCCGAAACGGCUGGAUCACCGUCCUCAAGGGCAUCCUCUUCCGCGUCUGCCUGAUUGGUUUCCCGCAGAUGGCUAUCCUCUGUCUGUGGGAAUUCACCCAGCGCGACUCGGCCGCCGAGGUUGUCCUCGCCGUCUUCUUCUUCUUCGGCCCGCUCUUCACCCUGGCCUGGGGCGCCAGCAAGGUCAUCCGCAUCGCCCGCCGCUCCAUCGCCAUGCACCGCAAUCCCGCCUACAUCCUGUUCUCCGACCCGCAGGCUCUCAACAAGUGGGGUUUCCUCUACGUCCAGUUUCGCGCGUCGGCCUACUACUUCAUCAUCCCGCUUCUCUUCUAUACCCUUAUCAAGUCCAUGUUCAUUGCGCUGGCCCAGCGCAGCGGUGUCACCCAGGCCAUCGCUCUCAUCAUUAUCGAAGCUGGUUUCCUCAUCGCAGCCUCGGUCCUCCGUCCCUGGAUGGAUAAGAGCACCAACUCUUUCAACAUUGCCAUCGGCGUCGUCAACUUUCUUAACGCAAUCUUCCUCUUCAUCUUCACUAAUGUGUUUGAUGCCCCGCUGCUGGUUGUCGGCGUCGUCGGCGUCGUCCUCUUCAUCCUUAACGCGGCCUUUUCCCUCAUCUUGCUCAUCAUGGUCAUUGUGUCCACCAUUUUGUCUCUGAUGCGCAAGAACCCGGAUGCGCGAUACCAAUUCAUGUCGGACGACCGCGCCUCCUUCAUGAAGUCGCAGUCGCAGCUGAACGCGACCACCGAGCUCGACGCUCUGGCUGCCACGGCUCGAGGCGACAAGCUUGGCUACAAGGGCGGCUUUGACGUGGAUGACAACGAGUCCAUGUCGUCUGGCGAUGUCCGCAAGCACAACGAGGCCUCUGGCGCCUACAGCGUCUCUGGCACAAACUCGCAAAACUCACUCUAUGCCAACGGCCAGGGGCAGCCCCACGCUGCCAUCCCGCUGUAUCCCGCUCAGCGAGGCCCAGCCAACCACAGUCCUCUGAGAGAGGAACUCGGAAGCCCUCUGGCUUCUGGGACCUCCUUGGGGCCGCAGCGGACGGACACGGCCACUCCAGCAAGCGGCACUCGGUCAACUCGGUCACAGCACAAUGCCAGUCCAUGGCAGCGCGGCGCAGGUUAUGACCACUAGAAAGGGUUCUACGCUGCAGAACGGCAAUUGUAGGGGAGCCGAUAUCAUGAAGAGCUAGGAGGCAUGACGGCGUUUGUAAGGAUGUAUUUGGCGUUACGGUACAUUGACGGCCAACCAAAGGCCUGGCCUACUCCUUUGUAUAUACGACUAUCAUUUAUAAGGGGCUGGACAGGCGGAGGGCAUCAUGGAUUAUGCAUGUGGGAUCAUACAGUUAAGGCUACAGGUCUAGUACAUCUGAGGGAGGCAAUUCCCCGUGUUGUAAAGCAGAA